AUGGCCAUCGGAGAGGCCUUUCUUUCUGCCUUUCUUCAAGUUUUGUUUGACAGAUUGGCUUCCAAUGAGUUUGUAGGCUUACUGUGCGGGAGGAAGUACGAUGACUUGCUGGACAAGUUGAAGGUCACUCUUCUGACUGUUACGACGCUGCUUAAUGAUGCCGAGGAGAAGCAGUUUUACAACGUUGCUGUGAAGAAGUGGUUGCACAUGACUAAAGAUGCGCUCUAUGAUGCCGAGGACUUACUAGAUGAUCUUGCUAGCGAAGCCUUGGCUUGUAAGAUGGCAGCUGAAUCUCCGGCCACCACUAAACAGGUAUGGAAUUGGAACCGUAUUUCUACCUCUCUCAGUCCAUCUAGUAGAGGGAUCGAACAUAAACAUAGAUCACCAACAACUUCGUUGGUAGAUGAAUCAUGUGUUUACGGCAGGAGCUGUGACAAAGAGGAGAUAAUUCGAGUUUUGUUAUGUGAUGAACCAACUAGUAGAAAGGUUGGUGUAGUUCCUGUCAUUGGCAUGGCUGGAAUUGGAAAGACGACUCUUGCACAACUGAUUUACAAUGAUGAAAGAGUGGACAAGCAUUUCGAUUUAAAAAUUUGGAUGUUUGUGUCUGAUCAUUUUGAUGCAGUGAGGGUGACGAAAACAAUUCUCGAGUCAGUCAAUAUGAAAAAUGUUGAUCUUGAUGACUUGAAUCUACUUCAAGUUUGUUUGAAAGAAAAAUUGGCUGGAAAGAGAUUCUUGAUUGUUUUGGAUGAUGUUUGGAACAAGAGGAAUGAUGAUUGGGAUCUCUCAUGGAUUCCUUUCAGAGCAGGGAGAAGCGGAAGCAAGAUAAUUGUAACAACGCAAAACAGCGAUGUUGCAUCAAGCAUGGGUACGGUUCCAGCUUAUCAUUUGACAGGUUUAUCAUUUGAAGAUUCUUGGUUAUUGUUCAAGAGCCAAGCAUUUGAGAAUCGAAUCAUUGAUGCUAAUCUCGAAGCCAUUGGUAAGGAGAUUGUCAACAGGUGUGAUGGUUUGCCCAUGGCAGUGAAAAGAUUUGGAAUCCUAUUGCACUCUAGAAGGGAAGAAGAUGAAUGGAAGGAUAUGUUCAGUAGGAAAAUAUGGGAUCUACCAGAUGAUGAAAGUAACAUCCUUCAGACUUUAAGAUUAAGCUACCAUCACCUUCCUGCACAUUUGAAGCCGUGUUUCGCAUACUGUUCCUUGUUCCCAACGGAAUUUGAAUUUAACAAAGAUUCACUUGUUCUGUUGUGGAUGGCGGAAGGUUUGCUUGAGCAACCAAAAGGAAAUAAAACUUUGGAAGAUGUCGGCAGUGAGUAUUUUCAGGAGCUGGUAUCCAGAUCAUUCUUUCAACAAUCACUUCACAAUCGAUCAAGAUUUGUAAUGCACAACCUCAUGAAAGAGCUAGCUCAAUUUGUUUCUGGAGAGUUCUGUUUCAGAUUGGAGGAUAAAGUCGACGACAGCAAUCAAUACAAAGCAUAUGAGAAGGCUCGCCAUUCUUCAUAUAUUCGCCGCCAACGUGAGUUCACUACAAGGUUUGACUCCUUCAGCAGACUUGAGUGCUUACGCACCUUCCUUCCGCUGGAUGAUUUGGAUCCAACAGACGGAACUGGAUUUAGCUAUUUGGCUAACAAAGUCCCUCGUGAUCUACUUCCAAAGUUGCGAUAUCUGCGAGUGCUAUCUUUCAAUGCUUGUCGUAUUACUGAACUGCCAGACACAAUAGGCAAUUUAAAGCAUCUACGCUAUCUGGACCUCUCUCGCACUGCAAUUAAAAGGUUGCCUGAUUCUACGAGUAUGCUUUGCAAUUUACAAACAUUGUUAUUAGUAGAAUGUCGCUCUCUCACUAAGUUGCCAGCAGAAAUGGGGAACCUGACAAGCCUACGCCAUCUUCAUAUUGACGGAAGCAGAUUAAAAGAGAUGCCACUGCAAAUGUGUAGACUGAAGAAUCUCCAAUCCUUGUCUAAUUUUAUGGUAGGUAGGGAGAAUGGCUGUGGAAUUAAAGACUUGAGCGACAUGCUGCAACUUAAGGGAUCCCUUAUCAUUUCAGGACUGCAGAAUGUUGUGAAUUUUGUAGAUGCAAUGGAGGCUAAUCUGAAGGGCAAGGAAGGACUUGAUCACUUGGUGUUCCAAUGGAGUGACAGUUCUGAUGAUUCGCUCGCUGAUACAGAUGAAGAGGAUGUUUCUGACAUGCCACAAGUUCACAGAAUCCUAGACGAUCUCAACAUCAGAGGUUAG